CUCAAACAACUCUUUCUAUCUCUCUCUCACUCUCACUCUCACUCUCACUCGACUCUCUCUCUGAGCUAUUGUGAUGGCGACGAUGUGGAUGAUUGUGUGUGCGACAAUUUUGGUGAUCGUCGGAGGCGCCAUGGGGGUGCAGCCGGCAUGCGACAAGGUCCCCUUCACCCCACUGCCCGACGCUGUUCAAAAAGGAACAGUCUGCAUUGAUGGCUCACCAGACGGAUACUAUCUGGUGCCGGGCUCAGGAGACGGAGCCCGAAAUUGGCUCAUAUAUAUCAAUGGAGGCGGGUGGUGCGAAAGCAUUCCCGCCUGUCGAGGCAAUUUUCAAAAAUAUUACGGGAAUAGCAGAAUAAGCUGGAGUAACAUUCCAAAUUCGAAUGGCACUCUCAGCAAAAGCGAAGAUUUCACCGGCAUUCUAAGCGAAAACGAAGCCAUAAAUCCGGAUUUCUACAACUGGAACCGGAUUUACGUGACCUACUGUGACCAGGCAUCGUUCCUCGGAGACACUGUAGUUGAUGAUGGUCAAGGACCAAUAGUUCAAUUCAGAGGGUCGAGGAAUUUCGAUGCUCUCGUGGAUGAACUUUUGGCUAAGGGAAUUGGUGCCGGAGAGAAUGUUAUUCUUUCCGGUAGAUCGGCCGGAGGCCUAGCAACUAUACUACAUUGCGAUGGCUUCUGAGCACGUCUCCCUAACGUCGGCAGGGUGAAAUGCCUUUCCGAUGCCGGAUUUUUCAUCCGAGCUGAAAAUGUGGCGAAUGCCGACUAUAGGGACCAGUUUUUUGCCUCGACCAUCCAGCUCCACAAUAUAUCUAGCUUAUUGCCUGAGAAAUGCAGAAAAACAAGAGAUCCGAGUUUGUGUCUAUAUCCCGAAUAUCUAGUCGGGGACAUUCAAACUCCACUAUUUCUACUAAAUAGUGCAUUUGAUUACUUCCAGGUUGUAAGCAGAGUGGUGCCUCCAUCUACUCCUGAGGGGGUAAGAUGGCAAUCAUGUGUGACGAAAAACAUUAGUUGUACAACUGCUGAUAAACAAUUAUUGAAUGGUAAUAUACAUUUAUUUUUAGUAUUAGAAACUUAAGAAUUAUUUUUACAUGAAAUUAAUUAUUUAGUUUUGAACACAGAUUUUGGGGGUGCAUUUUUCCAAACUAUUAAUAAUCUCCCCUAUAAUCCUUCAAGAGGCAUGUUUAUAGACGCAUGCUUCGCACACUCAGUGGCAUAUCGUGAGCAGUAUUGGUCACCAAAUUCCACAGUCAAAUUGGAAAAUUUGGUGAGUUUAAUUACUUUUUAUGUUAUUCUCACUUUUUUUUUCAUACAAAAUAUUUACAAUAUUUUUUCUUAUUAAAAAUUUUGCAGACCAUAUUGGAGGCCUUUGGAGAUUGGUAUUUCGAUAGGAAUUCGAUUAUCUUGAUCACCCCCUCUGCUUCUCGAGAGUUUUGUACUACUUGAUAUAUAUAUAUAUAUAUAUUAAGAAUUUUAAUAUGAAAUUAAUUGCA